UUCUCAAUGCCUGCCCCAAGCAAGGGCUUCAGGAUGUCACACAGUAGCUGACUCCGUCCGGAGCGCAGCGGUGGCUGGGACCCAGCGAGAGCCUGCAGACGAGUCCAGAGGAAAGACAAGCAACAUAAUUUAAAGCAGACUGUGUCCCAAAUAAGGUGAUUUCCCUGAAAAUGCCUCCCUUCUGAAGUUAUGGGUGAGCCUCUUGGCGUCCUGAAUGGGUGAAGCUGAGGAGUAGUUUCGUCAGUACCAGGAGUGAACCGGUUUGGAAUAGCUGGAUAUGCUUUUUAAAGACAUGAUAAGCCGUGUUUGGGGACGAGAGAAACCCUUGAAACAAGAACCAUGAAACUGUACAUCUUCUUCUUCCUGGCAGUGGUGAACAGAGGGACCUCUAACUACCAGCCCACAGAGGGGAUGUCCUGUGAAAUGGCAAACUCACAGGCAUUUUGCCACAACAAAGACCUCCACCAGAUCCCUCGUGAGCUCCAUCCGAGUGUAAACAAAAUAGAUCUGUCUGGAAAUCUGAUUCAGAGCAUCCCCAAAACAGCAUUAUCAUUUUACAACUCCCUCCAGUGCCUGGAUUUAAGCUCUAACCAGAUAAGCUUCAUCACACCUGGAGUCUUUGCACACAUGACCAGUUUGCUGGAAAUAAAUUUAGCCAACAAUCACUUAUAUGAGCUUGCUCAGAAUGGGACAGAAGGGAUUGGGCUUUUACCCAAAGUGGAAAUACUGGACUUGUCCCACAACAGUCUGUACAAUGGGAUGGCUGAGUAUUUCAUUAAAGAAGCUCCAGCACUGCGGUAUCUUUCCUUGGCAGACAACAGUAUUAUAAAGAUAUCACACAAGAUGUUUCACGGGUCUCCCAAUCUCGUGGAGAUAGAUCUUCAGAGUAAUAUCAUCAUGGAAAUAGAAGAAGGUGCUUUUGAGACUCUAGUGAACCUUUCCAAACUCAAUCUCUCCAUGAAUUCAAUUACUUGCAUCUCUGAUUUCAACCUCAGGCAGCUGGAGAUACUUGACCUUAGCAGGAAUAGCAUUGAGACCUUCCACACCACCAAAUCGGAUGAUGAAUACAGCUUAAGAUGUUUGGACCUGAGUGAAAACAAACUGUUUCGCUUCCCAGUCUUCCCCCAGGUAAAUAAGCUGGUAACUCUGAAUUUAUCUAAGAAUUUAAUCCAGCUCACAGCUGAAUCCCCUCAUAAUAAAAUGGAUCGUAUGGAACACGAGUGGCUAGAUGCUUCUUUUCACCUUCUUGGUCAGAAGCAAAGUAGAAACAACAGUUCUCUAUAUUUAUCCCAUCUUGUAUAUUUAGACUUAAGUUAUAAUGAAAUCAAAUCUAUUCCAGAUGAGUUCUUUGAAUCAAUGUUGUCCCUUCACACCCUUAAUCUCAGUAGAAACUGUCUUCAGGCGUUUGCAGUAACUUAUGACAGCACAUUGAUCUCCCUGACUGUCCUUGACUUGAGCUACAAUGCCUUGCAGAACCUUCUCCUAGAUGCUGGCACGCUGUCAAAUUUGAAGGAGCUCUAUAUUCAAAACAACCAUCUUCAGACCCUGCAAUUUAAUAUAUUCUCAGGUCUCCCUAGCCUCAGACUGCUCAACCUACAGAGCAAUAAUAUCAGCCUUUGCAGCAUGUACUCAGGGUUAGCUAAGCAAAGACUUGCCGGAGAGGAAAACGGCUGUGUAUCAUUCGUUGAUUCUCCUGCUCUUCGGUACUUGUACCUAGCUGACAACAUGCUGAACAUCCUCCCAGCACACACUUUCUACAAGACUUCUCUGAUUGUCUUGGAUCUCUCCAUGAACCCUGGGCUGAAAAUAGAAGUUAAAGCAUUAUCAGGACUGGAAAAUUCCCUGGAAUAUUUGUAUUUACAUGGCAAUAGCCUGAUAAAUUUAAACAUUGACUUGCCUUGUUUUAGUCACCUUAAACAUUUAAACCUCUCUGAGAAUCAGCUGAACUGGUUGCCUAAGUGGGGUAGUGACUCUCCACUGGAAGUUCUGGACCUACGGAACAAUAGGUUCAGUACAUUACAGAACAGCAAUAUUUUAGCAUUAGAAAAUUCCCUUAAGGACUUGUAUCUCACUGGGAACCCACUCAACUGCUGUGGAAACAUCUGGCUCUCAUCAAUGAUCCAGAACAAAAACGUCCAGAUCCCCAACGUGGAGCACUUAACGUGUCAGUACACUCAGAACUUUGGGUACCAGGAGGAAAUGCACAUUGGGAACAUUAGACCAGAAGACUGUGAAAAAGAGGAUCUGAAGAAAAUCAACUUCCUGAUUAUAUUAACGUUUGUCUUGGUUCUGUCCAUCAUCAUCAUUGGCGUGGGUUCGUUCUUCUGCUUCCGCAGGCAGAACUUCAGCCAUCAAUUUAAAGCCUAGGAACACAAAAUGCCUUGAAACAAAUGAAGAAAUCAGGUGCUACACUACAGGUGUGUAGGAAUGAAGGGCAGAAGUCUCACCUUUGAUUUUGAACUGUGGAUUUUAAGGCAGUUUCAAAGUGGCCCUGAGCUGCACCACUAUGGUGCUCUGGGUUGCAGGGACUGAAAGGAGAGUUUGCACUUGCUUCGUUCCCAAGCAGCCCUGCUAUAAAAGUUUAAACGGUGGUAGAAGAGGCCACAGGUGCUGCUGUUUUGAGGGACAUAUUUAAACCAGACCAAAAGAAAAAUCCCUCUGAGGUCUUCAGAGUUCUCCCUAAGCUCAGAGGUAUUUUGUGAUGCCGCCUUGCUUGAUGCAAAGUGAGCAUUGUCACUGCAAUCCCUUCUUAUGACAGUCUUGGAUGACAUCAGCAGAGUAGGAAAGCCCCUCUUGAACACAUGUGCUGCCAUGAGAUAUUUUGAUUUGAACUGAGAUUUGCUUUUUCCUAACUGGUUAGCUCCUAAUUUCUGACACUGAAAUUGCACAAACCUGUGCCAGAGAGGGUCAACGUUCAGUCUUUCGCUCCUUGGAGUUCGUUGCAAAUCUCCCACGAGUUCCAAGCCAAUGAGAACUUAGCUAUAAAAAAGGGUAUUACAGUUUGUGUCUAUUGUUUUCAUGGCUGCCAUUUCGAAAAUCUAUGGCUGGCUGUGGGAACCAAAGACCCUGAUGGCAGGAACCUCUUUGGACACCUUCUUUUGAUUGUCCCUACUGGGACAAGACAAGAGAGGCAGAUGAGGUCUGUUUUUCUUGGCACUUCAUACCCACAGGGACAUAAAAGAAAUCUCAGGUGGGAAGCAGCUGCACUAUGUGUUACCCAGAUCUGCUCAGAAGGCAACAGGUCCACAGUUUAACUCAAAGAGGAGAAACUUGCCCCUCACGUGCAAUACAUAUUUAACUGGGUUUAAUGUGAAGAAAUUCAUCUCUGGGGUGAAAGCUUUUCAAUAGGAAGAAAAAUCUUGGAGAAUGGAUUUCAACCAGCUAACAUUGGACUGAAAAGUUUCUAUUUCUAAGGGAAACUGUUUGGCAACUCACUGCAUAUAGUUGCAUUUCAAUGCAAAAGAAUAAUGUACCUAUUUUUAAAGGUCAGGGGAGGUUAGACAACAAAAAGGUGUUUUACAGACACUGAUGUGACAUGAUACACAGGGAACCUAGUCCUGGGCCAUUAUUCAGAUCAGAUAUACACUGUCUCUUCCUUAAAGAUAUUGUGGUCUAGAGCACUGGCUGCAAGAAAAGUGACGUAGGUCCUCAUUCUGUGAUGGGUUUGACAUGGCCAACCUGUUCAUAGAAUCAUACAGUGGUAGGGGUUGGAAGGGACCUUUAGAGAUCAUCCAGUCCAACCCCCCUGCUCAAGCAGGUCUCACCUAGAUCAGGUCACACAGGAAAGCGUCCAGCUGGGUCUUGAAGACAAGCUGACACUGAUAUAUCUUAUGUCCUGUACUCUGACAGCAAAUUCACCCUUUUGAAGUGAGAAAGGCUCAGCCAACAGUGUGAGCCUGACCUGGGUUUCAAUGGCUUCAAAAGGAGUUGUAUCAGGUUUCCUGUUAAUGGCAGGAAUUGUACAUGAAGGCAUAUGACAGAAAUAGAGGUCAACCCAAAACCUCCACAGGUAAAUAACUCAGAGUCGAAUUGCUGCUCCAUUUCUAUUUCUUCCAGCUAGUGAAUGUCAAAAGUAACACACUACAAAGCAAAUAAAAGGUGUAUAAUUCUAUUUUUGAAGCAGUUAUGUAAGAGACUGGCUGGCAGUUUUCACUGUGGAAUUUUGUACAAUAAAAACACCUCUGGAUUUUGUAAAAAGCACAGGGUUGUGAAUAUAUU